AUGAAUACAAUAUUGGUUGUCGAUCAACAAUUAUCUCCAUUAGCAGCAUCUGGUAGAGUAAUUUGGUACAAGAAUGAACUGUUUAAUAUUAAAACCAUGCAUAGUCGAAGUAGUAAUCAACCAAUUUAUUAUCCAAUUGCUUUAGCUAAUCCACAACAAGUUAGAAUCAAAACAAAUUUAUAUUUUCUAACAUCAAUCCGUCCAAAAGCUAAAUGGAAAUCGAAUGGUGUAACAAUAGCUGGUGGUCACGGACGAGAUUCUCAACAAAAUCAGUUAUAUAAUCCAUACAAUAUUGCUGUAGAUAGUCAUUCUAAUCUAUAUGUAAGUAUCUACAUGUAGGCAGCAACGAAGUCAGAGAUUUAGAAGGUUAGGAUGUUGGAAAUUUACACAUUUAGAAAGUUAGGGAUUCAGAACUUUGGAAAUGUCGACAUUUAUAAAGUCAGUAGUUCCGAAAUUCAGACAUUUAGAAAGAUAGGAAUUUAGAGGUUAGGCAUUUCGAACCCAUUCUUUUUGACAGAAGUGAGGAGACAAAAUUUAAGAAUUUCGAGAUUUAGAGUGGAAAUUUAGACAUUUGUAAAGCUUGGAGUUCAGAAAUUCAGGUUUGAAACAUUUAUAUAGUUAGGAAUUCAGAAAUUCAGACAUGUAGACAGCUGAUCUAUAUCUUUAUUGUGUAAAUAAUAAGGCCAGCGGCAAACCAUUUUAGGCCAUGUAUAAUAUAGGCUACAUUAAGUGAUAAAGUGUAACAGGUGGAGGAUGAACAGUGCCGUAAUAUAUAAAAAAAGUUAAAAACGUCGAGAAAGCGAAAAUAACAUAGACUAGAAGGAGAAACGUGGCGUGGACUAAUUUUAAUCUUAUUAAAACUUAUUAACGUUGUACUAGCUAAUCAUCAAAUGUGUUAGUUUGUUUAACGUAAAAUACAACUACUUCUAAAACAAUAGGAAGUGAAACAUCGUCUAGAUUAAGAUCAUUCAGCAAUAGUGUGUCGACUGUAAUCGUGGUCAGAAAAUGUAAUUCAAAAAACAUCCGUGUUCUUUAUAUUUUGAAAUGGAUAGUAGUUACUGGAUGCCAGUCCUAGCAUCCUAGUGAAAUCCGAUACCACGAUCGAACCACUGAAAAUCAAAGUCUCGCUUGACUCUG